AUGGAGAUGCCACCAAUCCAUAUGUGUGCUUUUUUAAAUUAUGAAAAUGAACGAUUAAAAACAAAAAUAGCCGAUCUUAAAAGACAUAUAGCACAUCUUGAAAGAAUAAUUGCAGAAAAAAAUCUUGAUCAUAUUCAUUCAUGUUCAAUAUCAUGUCAAACAGAUAUUACUGUUCCACGUCGUCCAAGCCCAACAGGAAGAUUACCUACCGAAGAACAACUACGUUUACAUCGUCUUUUAAAAGCUCAAAAUGAUUUAUUAAAAAAAUAUGAAAAUGAAAGUAUACGUGAUCGACAAGAAGCAUCUUCAUCAAAACUUAUUCAUGAUUAUGAACGACGUUUAAUACAAUGUGAAAAAGAAAAAGAAGAAGCAGAAAAACGUGCUAUGUGCGCACAAAAACGUAUGGAAAAAUUUGAAGAACGCUAUGAACGUAUGAAGAAAGAAUUAAGUGCGCUUGAUGAAAAUUUUUUUGAUGAUAUUGAAGAUUUAAAAUUUGCUUUACAACAAGCAAAUAAUCUUAAUCGAGAAUAUGAAAAAACUGUGCAAAUGUUAAGUGAUCGUCUCGGUAUUCCAUAUCCAAGGGUAGUAGUUAAAAGAAAAUAG